UGCACAUUCCGCGCCAUGUUUGAAUCGUCCUGGUACUGGCGAGGGUGACAGAGUUUCGUCCGAUGUGACCCGGCCCCGACUGGUCAGUCUCCCCACGAGUGGCCGUGCCCCGAAACUCCGCGCUAAGAUUGGGACUGAGUAGAUUUCUACAGAUUCUUCCAGAAUGACCAGUGACUGUAGCAAAAAACCUAUCCUUAAAGAUGUCGUGGCAUUUGUGGAUGUGUGGUCUUCAACUAAGACUGAAAACUACUCCAAAUCAUUUAUAGAACAUUUGGUUGAUAUGGGUGCCACGGUCUCAAAAUACUUCAAUAAGCAAGUGACACAUGUGAUAUUCAAGGAUGGACAUGAAAGUGUGUGGAAGAAGGCUCAGAAAACGGGUGUGAAGUUGGUGUCUGUACUUUGGGUGGAAAGGUGUUUGGUGACGCACAGCCACGUUGAUGAAUCCCUAUUUCCUGCAAAAAAUGUAACUAAACAUUUAGCUGAAAAUAAGAGAACUCAUAGAUGUAUGAAGCCCAAGGACUUCAUAGAAAAGACACCGGAGAAAAACAAGAGGCUGCAGAAGAAAUUUGAGCAAAUGAUUCAGGAGCUAGAUUUAAAAAGAACACUUGGAGCUGAUAUGCCGUUGCUUUCAUUUGAAGAAGCUGCUAAAAUUAAAUCGGUUCCCCCGAAUCAUUUCUGCGAAAUGCAAGAAAGAUUGAAGGAAAUGAAAGAAAAAAGAGAAAACCUUUCACCUACAGCUUCUCAAAUGUCACAGUUGACAACAUCGGCUUCUCUUGUCUCUCCUUGCCACUUAAUUCUUGGGGAAUCUCCCACAGCAAUAUCAAAAGCAUUAUCUGAAGAAGAGUAUGAAACUGAUUCUGGAGGUGCGUCAGUUAAUAAAACUUCUGAACAAAGCAAGACUUCACUCUCAGAUGAUUAUGAAGGACAAGUGGGUCAACAUUCCCGCACAGUGCCUUUUGUACAAGGAAUGCAUUUAAUCAAAUCGCCACAGAAUGGAAACAAAAAAACUUCACCGCAAAGAAGAAAGAAAUCGAUUACAAAAAUGAAAUUACGGUUUCUGAGGACGAGUACCCUCACUUCUCUGCAUCGUGACAAAGUCUCAGACAGCUCAUGUAAUCAGAAAUUGAAUGAACAGUAUUCUGAAGGAAGUGUGAAAGAUUUGAACAAUGCCACAGCAGAUCUGAACCUUUGUAAUGCACUACUACAUAAAACUGUGCAGUCACUUCCACCAGUGAAGUCAACAACCACUGUAGAAAAUCACUCUCUUAGAGAAUCAGAUUUUGUAUCAAAUGAGCAUUAUAAAAAUUAUCCUCUGCAAUCUAAUUUUUCAAUUGCAACUAAGAAAGAUCAAUGUAGUUCAAAGAAAAAUUGGAAAUUAUGUAAGGACUAUUUUAAAUCAAGUCUAAAUAAUAUAUCUGAAGCAAGCAACUUGCCUGUUAAAGAGGACAGGUUGGUUUAUGAGGACUUCUUUUCUCCAGUUAACCAGAAAGACCACCAAAGAAGUAAAAGGCUUUCAUUGGGUGUACUUCUGCCUGAAUCACCAAGUCCCCCCAGAAUUACUUUUGGAAGCAUGAAACAGAAGAGAAAAUUGCAGGCAAUCAAUCCACUGAAUUGUGUGGAUAGAAAUAAACGGGCAAAAAGCGCAGCAAGUGUCAGUGUUGAAGUGCAGCCCAAUGCUUCUGUUUACAAAGAUAAUGAAUCUUUCAACACAGCUGCACUGACUAGCAAAAAUAUCCACGCUGGAACCAGUGUUACACUUCAGCCUGAAAUUCGUAAGAGGAGGAAAUCUCAUAUUGAAGAACUAUAUAAAUGCUUUUCUGAUGAAUCAGAAGAAUCUAUAAAUGAAGUGUCAGAGAAGAAAGAACUGCGACAGUGUCAUGAAGAGAAAAUGCUGGACUGGCUUCCAAAUGAUGCCACUGUGAAUUGUCUUCCUAAAGCCAUAAAAAUACCAACCAAUUUGCCCCAUGAACCACAAGCCCACUCAAUAAUUUCCACGCAACACUCUGAUCAGAAGAAUAAGAAAGAAUGUGAGAAAAAAGUACAGGACUGUCAAGAGGACAAAUUAUACAAAGACAACCUAAAACUGCAAAGAGUUGACAGUGAAUUGGAUGCCAACGAUCAGAGUGCACCCAGCCGAAGCAGACCCCUUGGAAUGGCGAUGAAUUGUUGCCCAAAUGAAAAACAAAAAUUACACAAAGUAAUGAAUGGACCCAUUGAAUGCAAAAGGCAGAAUAUAAAGACAAGGAGAACACUUGUCAUGACAAGCAUGCCUUCUGAGAAUCAGAUCAUUAUAAUUCAAAUUGUGAAACAACUUGGAGGCUUUCUGUUCUCAGACAGUGUAUGUGAAACAACAACUCACGUCAUAGCAGGACAUCCACGACGCACAUUGAAUGUUUUGUUUGGAAUAGCCCGAGGCUGCUGGAUCUUGUCCUUUGACUGGAUUCUUUUGUCGUUGGAGAAUGGAUGUUGGGCUCCUGAAGAACCAUUUGAACUAUCAGCCCAGUUUCCUGCGGCUACUCUUUGCCGAAUAGAAAAGCAGUCAUCAAAAGGACCCUAUCGGCAGGAUUUGUUUGUGGAUCAGCCUUUGAUGUUCAUUUCACCCCAAAGCAAUCCACCGGCGUUGAUGCUCGAGAGACUUGUGCAGUUGUGUGGGGGAAAGGUGUGCAAGACACUCCGCAAAGCUGGAAUUUGUAUUGGGCAGUACAAGGGAAGCCGGCCUCCUAGGAACCAACACUUGUCCGAAACCUGGAUACUGGACAGUAUUACCAAACAUGAGAUCUGCUGUAUGGACAACUACACUCUGGAACAGAGGAGAACCACAGUGGAAGAUGACUCUGCCUCUAUAAGAAGUGGUUUGUAAAGAAGCUACAUUGUGUCUCAGAAAAAUGAAGUUCUUUUAAAUCUGCAUUUUAAGAGUACAGUCUCUGACAAUUAUCUCUCGGUUGUUUUAUAUAGUGUGAUUUUAAAGUUCUUCAGCAAGUUUAAUG